UAUCCCCCACCAUAUGUAAAAUCGUUCGUACCCAAAAUAUUUCAAAGCCAAAGUCAAAAAAGCUUUAAGACUCUUGGACAAGUAGAAAAAAAGGGAAAGUCAUAAGGAGAGAUGAAAUGCGUAACAGUUCUUCCUUUGGUACAGAAGAAAUCACCAUCGACCUUGAGAGUUUUAACGACGCAUACAUCCAGCGAAGUCUGCCGAAUACAAUAGUGAUCCUGUUUUUCCUGUUUGUUGGAGUGUUAGGAAACUCUCUCAUUCUCUAUGUGUAUCGAUUCCGUUUUCCACGAUCCGAUGGACGGUACUUCAUCGGUGUUUUAGCAUGUUCCGACCUUGGUUCUAUAAUUUUUACAUCCGUAUUAAAUCUUUUACAGAACUUGACGAAGUAUGUGUUUCCUGGAGAUAUAGUGUGCAAGGGCGUUUUAUACCUUAGUUUUUCUUUCAUUAAUACUUCAUUGUUUCUUUGGAACGUUAUUGCUGUCCAGCGGUUUCGCAAAAUUUGUCGGCCUUUUUCUUGGCAACUGACGCACCACUGGAGAAGAUGGUGCAUAGUGAUCUGUGUUGGUUUUUCGUUCACAUUUUAUUCACCAGUUCUUUAUUUUUAUGGGAUAAAUGAGGAGGUUUUCACAAAUGACAACAUUACAGUAUUUGUCUGUCAGCAAACAAAGACGCAUACAUUUGGAAUGGUAUUUUUUCAAGGAAUAGGAGUCAUUUUGUCAGUUUCUAAUGUGAUCGCUAUCAUAACUAUAUACGUCAUCGUUUCUGUCAAAAUCUUUAAGGUAAUGCGAGGAGUCCAAAGAACACGCACAGAAAGCUUUAGAAGUGUGACUGACAUCGCCACUGAGCAAAACCCUCCCAGAAGCACUAUUUCAGAAUCCCAUACCGCCGCUCAAAAAUUAGAACACACUAUUGCGUUUACAUUCAUGACAAUUCUUCUUAUGGGUUUGCUUUCUUAUGCUCCUUCACGAUAUUUGUUGGUCCACGAGACUUUAGAUCCAACGUUUUGGGACAAUUUGGAUUACAGUAAAUUUAAUUUCUAUCUAUUUCUAAGAAGGAUAUAUGUUAUAAACCAUUCUUGUAAUAUCUUUAUUUACGCAAUAUUUGAUACCAUGUUUCGAAAAGAAGUAAGAAAUCUAAUCGGGGUGAGCUCUUUUUAGACUUUGAAAAACAAUUUUAACAAACAGGUGAAAUGAACACAUUGUGAAUAUUUGCAUCUCAGAAGUUAGAAUAUGAAGCUAAAUGACAUUCUGUUACAGGUAUCAGUUGGGAUCCUAAAUCUAUGAUUGUAAUGAAGAACAAGUGAAUUUCUAAAAGGAGGUCGAUCAAGGCGAUGGGUGCGAAGUUUCAACAGUGUCAUGGAUUAUGCAAACAAUUAGAUUUAUUUAAAUAUGAUAUAUCUG